AGCAAUGUCAGCUGCCAAUGUCUGACGGGCUAGGAGCGGCGACUAUUGCUGUUAUCGUCUUAUCAGCGUAUAUAUUCAUCAUCUUCCUGAUCCUUCUCAUCAAACAUCUGACUAGGAACGAUUGCUGUGAAGGCGGUUGCUGUGCGACGACUUGUUGCGCCGGAGUUAACCCCCUAGAUAGCUGUUUGGUGUGUUUAGCAGAGAGCUGCGACUGUAGGUGUCCUACUUCACAACAACUAGCUGAUACUUUGUGUCCCACACAAGCCCAGUGUAACGAGUGUUGUUUGCAUUGCCUCCCCGAUACAGCUUGUCAAGGUGAUAUCACGUGCUGCUGCUUCGAGAUACGACUUGCUGGAGGACCUUAGUAACCAAUAACCAUAGCAACAGACGCUAAAGAAACGCAUCAGCUUAACAACCGACAUGACGUUAACGACAGUGUAUAAGAAAACGUCAGAAACGAAGUAUAUGACACCGACAUGCUCGGUGGCGAUGCUCUUCCACAUUCUCAGCAUUGCUACCAUAAUUGUGGUUCCUGCUCUCGUAGGCUUCUACACCCGCAACCUGUGGGUAUCAGACAUGACAUACUACGAACAACCCCAUGUCCAAUUCAAGUACAAGCUGAUUACUCAACUACAAAAUAGUCAAAGUGAAAGUAAAGUUUGGAGCACGUGGUCGUACUACAACACGCUAGUACAGGACAUGUUGUCUGUACCAAGUGUCAGUGUAGCUGAGCAGGACACUGACAGAGACGGACUGACAGAUCAACUCAACAUUACCUUACAGUUUACGGAGGGUGACAUAAAGUCUUGUCAAGCCCUGCUAGUAUUCCAGUAUCAGUUAACGGACUUGUGUCACCUUGCCAUGGAAACUCCCAUCUAUAUUCAAUCGACAGUGACAGAUCAGAGAGUGGUGGUGUACGGAGACCUGUCUCUCCAACAACGACAGACACUUCAACCUCACAACCCUCACACAGUCUACAACGACAGUCUCCUCCGGGAUCCUGCUCUCCUUCAGUCGUACGACAUAGUGGAUAUCCUGAACAGCGUUUCGAAGAGAAGUUUGAGCACCAAGUUAGAUGAGUUGUACAGUGUAAGCAGUCCUGGGGAUGUGUUUACUGUCAGCUAUGUUAUAAACAUACCCCCUCAAAGUGUCAGGUACGAGCCUGGGUUCUGGGAGGCGAUGAAGUACGCGUGGAUACAGUACAUAACCCUGCUGGUAAUCGUGCGGUACGUCGUGUACUCGGUGCGCACUUUCGUCUUCCAAAACAUGAUCCUUACAACGCUGAGACAGGACAAAGUGAAAUCGUCGUGAAAUGGAAGUGCAUUAGGACUAAAAACCGGGGGUGGAGUCUAGACUGUUAUUAGUUGUGGUCGAGUUUCUGGUUGACCCAGAGACUGGUUUUUAUUGUGUAUAGUAUUUAACAUGUUUAUAUGUGUUUUUAUUUGUAUGUAGUAAUAUGUAUCAUAAAUCAUAUUUAUUUCAUAUGAGUAAACAUAUAAAUCAUUUUAUUAAACAGUAAUAUAUUUAUGUUAUGUAAUCAAUAUUUUUAUAACCAGAUUCGGUGAAGUUUUUUCCCUUCACAUGUUCAGAAUUUUCAGACUUAUGCACACGAAGAUAGCAAUUUGAGCGCAGUUAUUAAACGCUGAUUAGUACAGAUUUAUUUAGACAUUAAUUAUUUUGUAUUUUUGGGUUCCAGACAUGUUCGGGUAUGUAAUUGCCAUGUGUGCUGCCCAGUGCUUUGUUUUAUCACGUGAGCUACCCUACUGCUUACAUAUACUGUAAACAUUUAAUGACAGUAUUAGUUUCAUAAUUUAAUCAUAUAUAUACAAAAUUAUGUACAAA